CCGCUCUACAGACUCAAUAGCCCAGAAACUCCACGUGGUGUACUGUCGAACCCACGCUGAAUUCGCGGUGUGCGACAGAAACGACAGUGUUCCUCCUUUUUUUCCUGUCUUCUCUCGUUCUCCAUUCUCUGAUAACGCUGUUCUUCGCUGAGAACCGAUCCGCGUUCCCAAUCAAGUUGUCGUAAUAUUCGGACCGGUAAUCGAGGUGAUAAGCGGCCAGCAUUGUUCUCCGGUUUCGGGAGUGGGACGGGUGGUUCGCGAGCGGUGAUCGAUGAUCGGUACCCUCGGGAAAUGGUAAGAACAGUUCAAUGAGAGCAUCGUCUGCUGGCCAGCGGCUCUAGUGAAAAAUCGGAAGAGGGUAGUUGAGAAGAAACGUUCGUUUAAGGUGGUGUGUGCUUCGGAACAAUGGGAAAGGGUUGGAAAGGCGCGAAAGAUUUCGUCGGCAUGGAGGAGGUGACGAAGGUUGAUUUUCUGGUGAUGAUGUUCGGCGAAGCCCUGGGAACGUUUCUUCUGGUGUUGAUCGGUUGCGCCUCCUGUAUCACGUGGUCCAACAAUCCACCCACAGUGGUGCACAUCGCGUUCACCUUUGGCCUUGCUGUUGCCAGUCUGGCGCACGUGUUGGGUCCCAUUUCAGGGUGUCACGUGAAUCCAGCUGUGUCAAUUGGCCUUCUUGUUAGUGGAAAUUGCAGUUUCUUAAAAACGUUGUGUUACGUAGUUUGUCAAUGCUGUGGGGCAAUCGCGGGUUCAGCUGUUUUAAAGGUACUAAUUCCAGGAGCACCUACCCAAGGUUUAGGUGCUACAAACCUUGCUCCAUCAGUCACUGACAGCCAAGGUAUUUUCAUGGAAGCCAUCGUCACGUUCCUUUUGGUUUUGGUUGUCCAUGCAGUGACCGAUCCAAAGAGGACAGACACGAAAGGGUGGGCACCUAUGGCAAUCGGGUUGACUAUCACCGUGGCACACAUGGCAGCUGUACCCGUAACAGGAAGUAGUAUGAAUCCUGCCAGAACACUUGGUCCUUCGGUGAUACUGGGCGACUGGAAAAACUUGUGGAUUUACUGGAUCGGGCCUAUUCUGGGAGCCUGCGUAGCUGGUAUACUGUACAAGCUGGCAUUUAAACGUAAAAAGGAAGACGACGAAGCAUCCUAUGAUUUCUGAGGAUAAAGACAUUUAUCUUCUUCUAAUCGCGAGAAACAAAAACGAAGAAUUAUUAAAUACCGGAAGAAGUUCGUGCAGAUCCUUCAAUCAAAAUUUGAACUCAGAGAUUGUUCUUGUAAAGUAAUUCUAUUUUAUUUGAUACAUAAUUAAAUACAACUUGCUGCUAAUACCAAUUUCAUUCAUUAAACUAGUGAAAAAUUGAACGAAAUCGAACCUCAAUUCAUUGCUAACAAAAAAACCGCACGAACUUUUGCCUGUGCCUAAUAUUACGAGGAAAAUUUCUGAGAUUUAUUUUCAGUAGUAAAAUGUAUAUCGUUCAAUUUGACACAGAAAUUAGAAUUGAUACGUGAUUUUGAAUGUAGAAAUGACAUUGGACAAAAUAUGGAGAUUUAAUUUAUUGUUCUAUAUUUACAAUUUGAAUAAUUGUUCGCAGGGAUUUUUAUACCUUUCACUUACUUGUUUUCAUAAAAAAUGAUCUUAAUAAGCGAUACACCGUAUUUCAGUAUCGUGAUUUGCAAGUUUCGUGAUGAGAAAUCGUUUCUCUUCGUAAUUGGAAAAAGGAGGAAAGAAUUUUUAUGUGACACAUAAAUGGAACAAUAUCUGAUCUACUAUUUGUUAAUUUCUUUUUUUAUUUAUUCUAUAGACGAACACUAAUGCGUACUUACUAUGAACAAUUAGAAAUAAAUGUGUACGAAUUUAUAAAAGAAUUUUUCUAUAAAGUAGUUUAGAAAAGCAGUUCGUUGAAGAACAAAGUAGGUCUUUUUUAUUAAUAUAUAAUAUAAUCCUAUCCGUGUUUAUUGUAUGUCUGUUAAUAACAUCUCGAUACAAAAUCCAUGUUGAAUUCGUCACGAUAUUUUCAUUAAUAACAUUUAAUUAUCUAAGUAAAACUUUUAGCUUAAACACUCUUGAAAUUUUCGAUAUUUACAUCUUCCUGCGUUUCUCCGCAUAAUUUUAUAUAUUUUUUAACGUACAAUUAACAUUUUUGAGAGUGAAACGUCCUCGUGUACACAUACAUACUAGAACGAUGAUCGACUUUAGAAAAUUUAAUUCUACAAUUUUGUAUUUUCUUCAUAAGAAAUACUGCAUUUUAUAACUGUAUUUUCUAUAUAGUUUAAGCUUUGUAUAUAUUGUACUUAAAGUAGCUUAUAAGAUUUCUAAACAAAAUAUCACGUCUAAAUCUGUUUGUAACUGGUGUCACCUUAAUUGUACAUAAAGCAUAAUUCCCUUUUA